CUCCUCCUCUCUCUCUCCCAACCCUUCCCGUGCUCGCGUUCCCCUCCCCGCAUUUUUUGCAGUCGGGCUCAUCCAUCCGUCCCCACCCAACAACCUAACGAGAAGCUCCGGAACCUUCCCUCCCGCCUAGGGUUUGGUUCACCGACCGCGCCGGGCCGGGCCGUGCCGGGCAUGGCGUACGUAGACCACGCCUUCUCCAUCUCCGACGAGGACGACCUCGUCGGCGGCGCCAUCGGGGGGCCCCGCGGUGCGCCCGUCAAGGAGAUCGCCUUCGCCGCCGCGCUCCUCGCCUUCGGGGCGCUCGGCUCCGUCGCGGGCCUUCUCAUGGCGGCCAAUCGCGUCGGAGGGGACCGCGCGCACGGAAUUUUCUUUAUGGUUUUGGGUAUCGUAAUGUUCAUCCCCGGGUUCUACUACACAAGAAUCGCCUACUAUGCUUACAAAGGUUACAAGGGCUUCUCGUUUUCAAACAUCCCGCUGAUCUGAAGCGGUGUCGCUGGUUCAGAGCUCAGAUUGACUCGUUCAAUGGCUCUGCUGACAUAGUAGACACCAUGUUCUACAUGUUCCUUGUGUCAAUUUGUUAUGUUCAUCCAUGUAAAAUGAUCUGGUGGAUAUGUACAGAUAAAUGCAACCAUAGUGCUGUAUCGUGGUGCGGUCUGCUGGAAGGUUGUUCGCUGUGUGCUCAUGUGAAUUACUGAACUGUGAUACUCUGCCCAUGAUAUGAACUUGUCGCGUUGCUUAAAUGGAGAUGUGCUACUUUGGUUUCGAAUCACGAGGGCUGAAGUAUCGGUCAUUCCAUGAGAAUUCCUGAGCAAUUUCGUCAAUCCAAUCGAGUGGUGAUUACCACAUUUCAGAA